AUGGCACAAUACCUCACCACAAAAGCUGAGAAUGUUCUCAAGCGAACAGCUGAUUACAUUCAAUCCGACCAAUUAAACAUGGCCUUCUUGGAGCUGGGUACAAUUGUAUCUAAAUUUGGUCGUCAAAUUAAAACCUGGCACGAAAUUUAUGAAGAUGUUGCCAAACGAUUCGUCAAAGUCGCUGUAGAGUUGAGAAAGGGACCGGAAAUCAAGUCCAUUCUCUCGUCCUACCGAAAUUUGUGUCAAGCCAGUGAACUUAAAUCAUUUGCCAAUGUUGUUCUCUUAUAUUUGGACCAAGCAGAGAAGCGUGCCCAAAAGGCAAUUGAAAAGUCAAAGAGUAAAUCGCUUGCUCUUGAUUUGGAGAAUGAAAUCCCAGAAAACGUUUUACUUAGCGAUGUUUCCGGUGAAGAUUUGAAAGAUAGAACAGACCGCGAAUUUGUUACUCCAUGGAUGAGAUUCUUAUGGGAAACCUACAGAGUCGUCUUGGAGCUUUUGAAGACUACAAAGGAACCACAACUUGAGGCCGUUUAUCACGAAACUUGUAAAAGAGCAUUUGAAUUCUGUCUUAAAUACGAGAGAAAGAAUGAAUUCAAGAGACUUUCAGACCUUUUACGUACUCACGUGAAGGGAAUUGACUUGUCAUCCUAUGAAAGCAUUGAACACUAUCUUUCUGCUCGCUUUUUCCAAUUAACAGUUGCCAUUAAACUUGAUUUGUGGCAAGAUGCAUUCAAGAGCAUUGAAGAUAUUUACUAUUUGAUUUCAACCUCAAAAGAUGUUAUUAUUCCUGCUGAACAACUUUUGAAUUAUUAUGAGCAAUUAACCAAAAUCUUCUGGAACUCGAAACACUAUAUCCUUCAUGCCUAUGCUCAAUACAAGGCUUUUGGUAUUAACAGAAUUAUUGCUGACCCAGCCAAGUUGCAAGAAUCAGCCACUAAUUUAUUACUUUCCACUCUCACUACUCCAUCCAACGAUCAGCUAGAGACCGUUCCGACAGACUUUGUUUCUGUGAGAAAUGAAAGAAGAUUGGUCACUCUUUUGGGAUUGAGUGCACCUCCAAGCAAACAACUUCUUGUUUCAGAACUGGCAGCUAAGAAUGUUACACAAUUGAUAUAUCCUGAAUUGAAGGAUCUCUACAAAAUCUUUGAGGUUGAUUUCAAUCCACUCAAGAUGUGUGAAAGAAUGAAGCCAAUCUUAGAAUUUGUUAAGUCUAGAGAGGACUUGGCAGUCUACAAUGAACCACUCAAGCAAAUGACUGUUACAAAGUUGUUGGAACAACUCUCCAAGGCCUUCCAAACCAUCAAGAUUGAAACCGUUGCAAAGCUUGCAGACUUUGUGAGCCUUAUUCAACUUGAAAAGAUUCUUGUUCACAACGCUAGUUUAGGCAAAAUACAAGCAAACAUUGAUCAUGGCAAGGGUGUAUUAAUCUUUGGUAAAUCUCCAAAAUCGUUUGAUGCCAGUGACAUUCAAAAACAAAUCUCUGCAUUUGGAAAGAGAAUUCAUGAUGUUGUGGACUUGAUCCAUCCUGAAAGAAAGAAAGAGAAGGAAGAGAGACGAAAGAAGCUCAUUUCUGAAAUUUCUAAGAAGAUUUCUCCAGAAAUUGAACAAAUUUCCUUCAGAAAUGACUUUAUUCGAAUGAAGAAGUUAUGGUACGAGCAAGAGCAAAAGAGAGCUUUGGAAAAGGCUGAAGAAAGAAAGAUUGAGUUAGUCAGAUUGGCAGAAUUAGAAGAAGAAAGAUUGGCUCAACUCGAGGCUAAGAACAGAGAAGAAGAAAAGAAGAGAAGAGAAAAGAAGCUUGCUGAAGAAAAGAGAAAGAAGGAAAUUAUUGAUCAAAUCACAAACAACAAUGUUAAAGCACAACAAGAUUUGCUCAAGAUUGCUAACAAGUCUUUGAAAAAGAAGAUUACUUCAUUGCUUGAAUUGGAUAUUGAUGACAUUAUUGAGUUGAAGAGAGGUGAAAUUCAACGCGAAAAGAAGGAAAAGGAGAAGAAGCUUUUCGAAAAGGCAAAGGCAUUGGAUUACUUGGAAAUCACUCGUCGUGAGAUUGAACUGCCACUCUUCGAUGAAUACAAUAAGAAACAACAAGCUUUGAACAAGGAAGCAUUCGAAAAUUAUUUGAACAAACAAAAUCAAGAUCUCCAAAAGGAAUUGACUGAAAUGAAACAAAAGAAGCAAGAAUUUAGCAAAUACUUUGCUGAUCAAAAGACAUUCUUGGAUAAGUUUGUAUUGAAGGCAAGAAGAGAAGAGUAUGAGAAAUUAAAACAAGAACAAGACGAAAGAAAGAGAGUAAAGAAGGAACAAUGGGAAGCCAAACGCAAAGCCCUCUUGGAAGAAAGAGAGAGAAAGAGAAAGGAAGAAGAAGAGAAGAGAAAGAGAGAAGAAGAAGAAAGAGAGAAGAAGAGAAAGGAGGAAGAGGAACAAAGAAAGAAGAGAGAAGAAGAAAGGGAAAGAGAGCGUAAGAAGAGAGAAGAACAAGAAGAAAUUCAGCGUAAAAAGGAGGAAGAGUACUACAGAAAACAAAAAGAAAAAGAAAUGGAACUUGAUAAAAAGCUCAAGGAGCAACAACCUCAAACACCCCAACCAACAAAGGGUAGAUGGGACAACUUGGAUACUGAAACCUCGUCUCCAUUUGGAAAGUCAGACAAACGUGGUGGAUUUGGCAGUGGCGGUUUUGGAGGUUUUGGUGGAGGUGGUAGAGGUGGCCGUGGUGGAUUUGGUGGUAGCAGCAGAGGAGGUGAUAGCGGUCGUGAUAGUGGUCGUGAUGGUGGUCGUGGUAGUUCAAGUGGAGGUGACGAUGCCUUUUCAGCAUUCUCUUCUUCUAAGGGAGGCCGUGGAGGCAGAGGUGGCUCAAGACAAUAA